AUGGAUGUCAGAGCAGAAGACAGGGUGGCAGUGGCCAGGCUGCUGCCCUGCCACUGGGUGUUGGAUGCCACUUUCAGUGAUGGCAGUCUAGGCCAGUGGGUGAAAAACACAUGUGCCACAUGUGCCUUAGCCCCAGUGGUGCUCACACCUCAGCCUCAGCCCCAGAAAAAGUACACAGAUAAGGACUUUUCUGACUUUCCUCUUGGGCAUCUGAGGGAGGUGAGGCUUUUUCUGAGGGGUGGAACUUCAGAUCAGCGAAUGGAUAGUCUUGUCCUCUACCCCACAUACUUCAAGCUCUGGAGGAGCCCAUCAGGGUCCCCAGGACAACUUUCUGACUUCCAUUUUGGGAGACAGCUGGAGGGGAAGUUUUCUCCGAGGAGGGCAGCUUCAGUUAAGCAGAGGGAGAAACCCCAGGACUGGCCACUCUGUGAGAAGAGAGCUCUGUGGAAGGACAGUAACCUUCCAACAUGGAGGGGAGGCGCAGGCUGCACCCUGCCACUCCCUGCUGCCAGCCCUGGAAAAGGAUUUUUUGGCAUUUCCCUGAGAGAGGUGGACCCUGAGGACUCCUACGUCUUUGUAAACACAUUAGACCUCAGCUGUGAGGGGAGUGUUGAUGAGCAGGGCAUGCCCCAGAACCGCCUCCUGAUUCUUAUUCUGAGUGUGAUCUUCAUUGAGGGCAACUGUGCGUCUGAGGAGUUCAUCUGGGAAGUGCUGAAUGCAAUAGGGAGAGGAGGCCCGGCCCCAUGCUGCCCCUGGUCAACCUUGGCAGGGUUCUCGCAUGUGCUUUCCCGACUUGCACUGUGGGAGUCUGAAGGACCUGAGGCUUUUUGUGAGGAGUCUGGACUCAGGUCAGCAGAGGGAGUCUUAGACCUGGCCAAUCCUCAAGGACUUGCAGGCCGCUGACAGGAAGAUGGCCGCUGGGGGCUGACCGUGGCAUCCCCACAACAGAAGAAGGGAGGAGAAGAUGAGGAUAUGCCUGCUGCUGGGAUGCCACCUCUUCCCCAGAGUCCUCCUGAGAUUCCUCCCCAGGGUCCUCCCAAGAUCUCUCCCCAGGGUCCUCCCAAGAUCUCUCCCCAGGGUCCUCCACAGAGUCCUCCCCAGAGUCCUCUAAACUCCUGCUCAUCCCCUCUUCUGUGGACCCGAUUGGAUGAGGAGUCCAGCAGUGAAGAAGAGGAGGAUACAGCUACCUGGCAGGCCUUGCCAGAAAGUGAAUCCUUGCCCAGGUAUGCCCUGGAUGAAAAGGUGGCUGAGUUGGUGCAGUUUCUUCUUCUCAAAUAUCAAACAAAAGAGCCUGUCCCAAAGGCAGAGAUGCUGACGACUGUCAUCAAGAAGUAUAACGACUAUUUUCCUAUGAUCUUCGGGAAAGCCCAUGAGCUCAUAGAGCUAAUUUUUGGCAUUGCCCUGACUGAGAUGGACCCGGACAACCACUCCUAUUUCUUUGAAGACCCAUUAGGCCUCACCUAUGAGGGAAGCCUGAUGGAUGACUAGGGCAUGCCCCAGAACUGUCUCCUGAUUCUUAUUCUCAGUAUGAUCUCCAUAAAGGGCAGCUGUGUCCCUGAGGAGGUCCUCUGCGAAGUGUUGAGUGCAAUAGGGCCCAUUCAGAGGCCAGCAAGAGAAGUCCUAAAGUUUUUAGCCAAGGUAUCCAGUAUCAUCCCUAGUUCCUUUCCAUCCUGGUACAUGAAUGCUUUGAAAGAUGUGGAAGACAGAGCCCAGGCCAUAAUUGACACCACAGAUGAUGCUACUGCCACGGCCAGUGCAAGCCCCAGUGUCACGUCCACCAACUUCUGUCCUGAGUGAUGUCUGAAGCAGAUUUCCCCUCUGUGUUUGAAGAUGGCAGACGAGGUUCUAGGCAGUGGGGGUCCAGAGUGGAGGUGGAGGGACCACAGUGUUUUUUGUGUUUCUGUUUCAUAUGAGUGACUUAAGAGUUUAACAUUUUUUUGUGUAGGGGGGUAUAUUUUACAAAUGCUUCUCCUUCCAAUUGGUUUAAUUCACUUCAGAAUGUUAGUUUAUGAAUAUUAUUCACACUUGUAUUGCUGUUUGUCUGAUUUAAGGGAGAGUUUGAUAUUUCAUAAGAAACAAAGGGAAAAUCUGUCUUAUUUUGUGAACUGAAACAAUAUAAUGUGGUGUUCGGAUAAGAAUUUUCUUUAAAAUUUGAAAUAACUCUGCAGUUAAAUUGUGGAACAGAAUAAAGUAUGGUUGAUAUUAG